AUGUCCCUCAAUCGGAAACGCCAACUUUCUCAGGAUGAGGAUCUCGUGAAAAGGCCCGUGCACAAGUACGAGAACAUCGCCAAACUCUACAGUAUCAUGGACCGCCAACCGCAUAUCAUGGUACCCAGAAAGCCUGCUGGUGUUGUUGUCGGAAGAAGCAGUGCCUGUGACAUCCGACUUGGUGGCGCUGACGUUUCAUCAAAGCAUUGUCAGUUUUCCCUUUCCAGCAACAACAAAAAGGAGUACCUUUUGCUCACGGAUAUGAGCUCAAAUGGCACGGCGGUGAACAACGAAGUGUUGGGCAAGGGAACCACAACGCUUCUCCGCAGCGGUGACAAGAUUUCGUUUGCGAAAAGUGGAUCUUAUAUUUUCAGAUACGUCAGCGAUGAGCAGGAGAACAUGGUACAGAGAUCAUUUUUUGACGAUUACAUUCUAUUGAAUCAGCUAGGAAGUGGACAUUACGCUGUUGUCAAAGAAGCGAGAGACAGAACUACGGGCGACAUUGUGGCAGUGAAGAUCUUUCAUCCUAGUAAGACUUCGAGUAAAGGAAGCUCAGAGGAAGAAGCAAAACUCAAACAGGAAAUGGCUCUUCUUUUAGCGAUCAACCAUCCGAACAUUGUGAGGUUCAUUUCGCAUUACGUGGAGCCCAUAAAUGCCUUCUCCUCAACUACAUACUUGGUGCUUGAGAAGGUCAACAACGGUGAGCUCUUUCAGAGAAUUAUAGAUAAACAAAAGCUUCGACAGAACGAAACAAGGGCGAUCUUUAAGCAGCUCUUAUCAGGGUUGCAUUAUUUACAUGAGCGUAACAUCAUUCACAGAGACAUUAAGCCGGAGAACAUUCUUUUAGAUAUAACUCCCAAGUCCUCAGAAAGUCGAAAGGCAACGGGACCUUGGGACGACCAUGAGUACGAUGUACGCGUAAAGAUCGCAGAUUUUGGCUUGGCUAAGUUCAUCGGUGAACUCAAGUUCACCAAUACCCUUUGCGGAACCCCAGCAUAUGUGGCUCCCGAGGUGCUAAACAAUAACUGUAACUACUCAACCAAAGUGGACAUUUGGCUGGCUGGUGUAUUACUCUAUGUCUGUCUAUGUGGCUUUCCGCCUUUCAGCGAUGAAUUGGGACCUCCAAAUAUGAGAGAUCAAAUUAUUCAAGGAAAAUAUGCAUUUUACUCGCCUUUUUGGGACGAUAUAAGCGAUAGCGCUCUUGACUUGAUCAGUAACCUUCUCGUUAAACCGAUGAGAGCAUCUCGAUGGAAAUCUCCCAAGAGAAAACUCAGCAUCCAGUGA